AUGGCUUGUAAUGGUUCAAGUAGCGCAAUGCUUCGAAGUCAUAAAGAUAAUCUUUGCCACCCAUUGUCUUAUGAUCUUAUGGAAAAUCACAAAUUUGCGUGGCACAAUUUGAGUAUGCCGGAGCAUCUUCGAUGGUUCUGCGGCAUUCUCAAUUCCUUUGUUUUGCGUAAUGUAGAGGGAACACCAUUGAGCACUGCAGGUCCACAACUGAAGACCAAAUUAGCUUCAGAGCCAUCAAAAAUUAAUUUAGCUCAUCAAGAUAGUGUGAUUUUAAAACAGCAACAGAAUAAAGGAGAACAAUCUAGUCCGAAAGUUGGUUUGCCGGCUCCCAAUGUGGUAAACGAUGUCAAAAGUGAAAGCAAUGGCAUAGGAGUUACUCAUCAGCCUAACAAACAUCCUGCAGACAAAGAGAAAGUUGCUCCUCUUCCUGCUAACAAAAAGAAGGUCCAGAGUGAUAAAAGCUCUUCUGCUUCUGGAGGUUCAUUGGCAAAUUUGUGGGGUCGUGCAUCUGUGAAAUCCAAGUCAAAUUCUACAGCCGAAAAUAGUAAUUUGAUUCCUACGCAUACUGGAGCAAGUGCAGAGGCUCAAAUUUGUGCUAGAGAAGCAGAACCUGGUGUCAUCAGCGACGAUGAUGAUCAAGAUGUUAAUUUUAAGAGAGCUUCCGGUUCUGAAGUCACUAGGAAACGGAGGGUUGUCUUUGAUUUCUCCGAUGAAGACGAAUGUGAAGAUGCAGUCAAUUUAGCAUCACCAGAGUAUCCAAAAGGAAAAUCAUGUCAAGAGCUCAAAGAAAGUAGCAAAACUUUGGUUCCACUUAAAACCAAUUUGAACUUUGACGAGCAGGUAGAAGAUAAACCAGAGGUCAAGGAAGAGAUAUCAGUUGACGGAAAAUCUGACCCACCUUGCAGAGAAGAUUCUACUGUUGUCAGCAAGGAAAGUAAUUCUGGGAUUAUCCUGACAGAGAAAACAGACAGAUCUGUUCCUGAAAAAGAUGUGAACAAAAUGGAUAAGCUGGCCACUGCUGCUAAAACACAGAUAGAUGCUGGGAUUAUCCUAACUGAGAAAAAACGUAACUCUGUGCCUGAAAAAGAUGUGAACAAAAUGGAUAAACUGACCAACGGUGCAUCAAGAUCUCCGCAAAGAAGAAAAUUUUUGAAGACGCGGAUUGAUGAACGUGGAAGAGAAGUAACUGAGGUAAUAUGGGAGGGCAAGGAGACAGAAGCAAAGAAAGCUGACAGCAGUGCAACCAUGAAAGCUGACAGCAGUACAACAAAGAAAGCUGAUAAUACAGUUACCAGUGUUACGAACAGGCCUGCCGCAGCUCAGAAGUCAGUGGCGAACACUGGGCCGAAAAAUCAAACUGCCAAAGCAGGAGGCAAGAAAGCAGUAAACAAGGAUCCUAAGCAAGGAAAUAUUCUUUCAUUCUUCAAGAAGGUCUAAGGCGUUUUUCAAAUAUCCUUGCAGGGGAACUCUCUGAUAUAAUGCUUCUUACAAAAUCAAGGUUCCUUCGGGCAAUGAAGGUUUUUGAGUUGCUUAAAUCUUUGCUUUGCCUUGUGUCUGGAGGGGAGUCGCAGAAUUCGGGUUUAGGGUACAUUGCUCUUACAUCUUGUUAUUUUCAGAUGAUGGAGACUGGAGAGUGUUUGCUUUUCUUCUCUGCUGUUAGUUUAAGCCUUUAAGGCUCCAAAUGUAAAUGGAUAUAACGGUUCCGUCGUGUCUGGUUGCUCCUA